GCGAGUGAAAUGGAUUAAUUCUUCACUCUGCAAGUUUCUCUCAACCUUUUCCUUCAUUUCUUAUCAUUUCUUCCUUUCCAUUUUAUUUGUUGCAUCCCUUUUUGGUUCUUAGCUGAAUUCCAGUGGAAUAACCAACACUCCAUUGAGCUGGCAGGAGCUCUUGUGAUCAAGAUAUUUUGUUUUGUUGGACUAAAGACAAGCAAGGAAAUUCAGUGCAGAAUUUACUUUGGUUUUUGGUUAAUUAUGUAUUGUGGAAUCUCAGAUCUUUUCAGUGUAGGCAAUUAAGCGUCAAUAUUCUUUAAAAUAGCCACCAGAGAUCACUGAUACAGAUUCCACAUCUGGUCAAGAUUCAACCCACCGGAUUCCCUUCUUGGAGGUGAAAUUAUUUUUCCCUUCCUCCUUCCCGCACCCUCCUUCGUGAAUGGGCAAGGAGGGCAUGGUAAGUGACGCAAACAAUUCAGCAACUGCGAACGCCAGUCCAAAACUAACUCUAUUGCCUCUAAUUGCUCUGAUCUUCUAUGAAGUUUCUGGUGGCCCCUUUGGUAUAGAAGAUUCAGUCAGGGCAGGAGGUGGUCCUCUUCUAUCCUUGCUUGGUUUCUUGGUAUUCCCUUUAUUUUGGAGCGUCCCUGAAGCUCUAAUCACAGCUGAGCUUGCCACAAGCUUCCCAGAAAAUGGCGGCUAUGUCAUCUGGAUAUCAUCAGCUUUUGGCCCUUUUUGGGGAUUCCAAGAAGGUUUCUGGAAAUGGUUUAGCGGGGUUAUGGAUAAUGCUCUGUAUCCUGUUUUAUUCCUGGACUACUUGAAGCAUUCGCUUCCAAUCUUUAACGGGUUGAUUGCUCGAAUUCCAGCUCUUUUAGGUAUUACAGUUUCUCUGACAUACCUGAACUAUAGAGGUCUGCAUAUUGUUGGUUUUUCAGCUGUUUUGUUAGCAUUUUUCUCGCUUUUCCCAUUUGUCGUGAUGGGCAUUCUUUCAAUACCUCGAAUUAGGCCUCAAAGAUGGGUGGUUGUGGAUUUUAAGAAAGUAGACUGGAGAGGAUACUUCAAUAGUAUGUUUUGGAACCUAAAUUAUUGGGACAAGGCUAGCACACUAGCAGGGGAGAUCCAGGAGCCCAGUAGAACUUUCCCAAAAGCACUCUCUGGGGCUGUAGUCUUGGUUGUGUGUUCAUAUCUCAUUCCACUUCUUGCUGGUACUGGAGCUCUAAAAUCUGAUCCAAGUGAGUGGAGCGACGGAUAUUUUGCAGAAGUUGGAAUGCUAAUCGGUGGCUCUUGGCUUAGGUGGUGGAUUCAAGCUGCUGCUGCUAUGUCCAACUUGGGUUUGUUUGAAGCUGAGAUGAGCGCCGAUGCCUUCCAACUUCUAGGCAUGAGCGAGAUGGGAUUGCUACCAUCUAUAUUUGCGUCCAGAUCCAAAUACGGGACACCUACAAUUAGCAUCUUGUGUUCAGCAACGGGAGUGAUCUUCUUGUCAUGGAUGAGUUUCCAAGAAAUCUUGGAGUUCCUUAAUUUUCUGUACUCUGUGGGAAUGCUACUUGAGUUUGCAGCGUACAUAAGGUUGAGAAUAAAGAAACCAGACCUUCACAGACCGUACAAAGUUCCCCUGCAAACUUUUGGUGCAACUAUGCUUUGCCUGCCUCCUGCAUUGUUGCUUGCUCUUGUUAUGUGUCUUGCCUCUUUGAAGACAUACUUAGUCAGCGCUGGAGUUAUUAUUUUCGGUUUUUUGUUGUAUCCUGCUUUACUUUUUAUAAAAUAUCAAAAUUGGGCUAGGUUCAAAGCAACAGAACCUGUGGCACUUUCUGAUAAUGAUCCUGAAGAACAACCAAUUGAAUCACAGCACCCACAGGAAAUUGCUGACGAAGCAUCUGUCGGGCUUCUAUCGCACCUGCAAUCUUCCAAGGUAGAACAAGCACCUCAGAUGUCAUCGGAAGAAGUUUCAAAAUUGGAUUAGAGGACGCACCUUCCAGCUGUAACUACAGAGAGGCACCCCUACGUUAGACUCGUAUGAUAGUUUUGGACAGUAUGUAUCACACACUCGUGUUGCAAUAUGCUGUCACAUCUCUAUAGAUACUGAGGUCUUUCAAGAGCAUGUAAACAUUCAUAAGAUUUACUUUGGAUGCAAUAAUCACGCUUGCCUAAGGAAUUGAAUAGGUUCCAGAUUAUUUGGUUAAGCACGUUCAGUUGUGAGCUCCGAAUGGUAGUUGAUAAAUGACUGCUGAUCUGUCUAUUUUUACUUGUUAAUCAGUACAGGGUUUACACCUCUCAAAGAAAGAUCUUGAAUCUGUUGAGUACUUAAAUGAACUCCAGACUUCUGUCC